AUGAGUAGCACCCUCCAGGACCUUGAGGACUCCCUCAAGGACUUCACCACCCAGCUCGAGGAGACGAAUGCGAACCUUGAUAUCGAGCCUGAGAAUGCCGGCCUUCUGGCGCUCAAAGCCGAGCUAGAGGGCGGCAUCGCUACCUUCCAAGUCUUGCUCGAAGAAGAACGCGCGCGUGCUCCUGCCCCGAAGCCCCCUUCGCCGCCCGCUGUCAAGGAGAAAUGGUCCAAGGAGAACCACCCCGCUUUCAGGAAAGUCGCCCCGCCGCCGGCCGAUGACGAACCUGCCGCCCCCAUCUCCUACAAGGUCAACGACGUAGUCCUUGCGAAGUGGAAGACUGGUGACAAGUCUUUCUACCCUGCCAAGAUCCUGAGCAUCACGGGCUCCUCGACCUCUCCGACUUAUCACAUCAAGUUCACCCAAUACAACGAGACCGAGACUCUUGCCGCCCACGAGAUCAAGCCCAUCUCGAACGAGUCGAAGAAGCGCAAGAUCGAUGGCUCUCCAGUCACACCGACAACCCCAACCACUCCCGCCACCUCUGGCGUCAUCUCUGCUGCUGCGGACAUCAACCCGGCCCUUGCUAGCCAAGCAAAGAAGGAGCCGAGCAAAGUCAGCGAUGGCCCCCCAAAGCCGGCCAAGAUUCCCCGCAAAGUGAAGGCGAACAAGGAACUGGAGUCGAACAAGAGCAAGUGGCAACAGUUUGCAGCGUCGGGCAAGGGUAUGAAGAAGAAGGAGAGCAUGUUCCGUACCGGCGCUAGCGUCACGGCUCGCGUUGGCUUCACUGGCUCCGGUCAAGAGAUGCGCAAGGAUCCCACACGCAGUCGUCACAUCUACCAGACGAACGAAGACGAGGAGUGA